AUGCAUCAGCGAUGCUUCAAUGUGGCCAUACGCAAUACAAAUUCCGUUCAUUACACCGCGUUCGCCGAGUAUAGGGACAGUUCCGCCUCUUCCACCAUCAACCUGACGUGCACCCUAGUGCUAGUGGACGUUUUCGCCAUAAAGGCAUCAUCGGGGCGGCAAAGGAAUGUGAAAAGUUUCCCACCAGAUUUCGAAUUCGGUACAGCCACUUCUUCUUACCAAAUAGAAGGCGCCUGGAAUGUCGACGGCAAGGGGUGGUCCAUGUGGGACCACCUAGUCCGCACCGCGCCCGAGCAUAUACGUGACAACACGACCGGCGACAUCGCUGCCAACUCCUACUACCUCUACAAAAGGGACGUGGAAAUGCUCAAGGAGUUGGGCGUGGUCAACUACAGGUUCUCCAUAUCGUGGCCCAGGAUCCUGCCGUACGGCCGUCCGGACUACGUGAACCAGCUCGGCGUGGACUACUACAACGCGCUGAUAGACUUGUUACUGGAGAAUGGCAUCACGCCGUACGUCACUAUGUACCACUGGGAUUUGCCCCAGAACCUCAACGAGCAGGGCGGCUGGCUCAGCGAGGACAUCGUGGACUGGUUCGCGGACUACGCGCGGGUGCUGUACGCAAACUUUGGCGAUAGAGUGAAGCACUGGAUGACGAUAAACGAGCCCCACAUCCAUUGCUACUUCGGUUACGGUGUCGCUGGACAUGCGCCCAGAAUAUUCUCUCCCGGUGUCGGCUAUUACGAGUGCGGCAGGAACAUACUGUUGGCCAAUGCGAAAGCCUAUCACCUUUACGACGAGGAGUUCAGGGCGUCCCAAGGCGGGGAGGUGGGCAUCGUCGUGAGCAUGGAGUGGACGAUGCCGGAGAGCGACUCCUUGGAUGAUCUUGAGGCAGUCCAGGACCAUAUCGCUUUCAAUAUCGGCCAAUACAUGGACCCGAUAUUCUCGGAAUCCGGCGGCUACCCCGCACGUUUGGUUAACCGCGUCGCAGCCGCCAGCGCUGCGCAAGGCCUAAAUGCUUCACGCCUUCGCCCCUUCACCAACGAGCAGAUAGAGUACAUGAGGGGCACCGCCGACUUCCUCGGCUUGAACCACUACACCAGCAAGAUAGUUUACAGGAACGAAUCCCUUGCUGGAACCUUCCACGUGCCAUCGAAUCGUGAUGACGCGUUCUACGGAGAGUACUCCGACCCUAGUUGGCCAGUCGACAGUGGAUUUGUUUAUGAAUAUGCGCCUGGCUUCUACCACUUGCUGGUGUACCUGAAGAACACGUAUAAAAACCCGAAGAUAUAUAUCACGGAGAAUGGGUGCUCCACGCAAACUGGCCGCAAUGACGACGCCCGCGUCCAGUACUACAGGAACUAUUUAAAUGCGUUGCUCGACGCCUUAGCGGAGGGUGUCAACGUGAAGGCCUACUUCGCUUGGAGUUUGAUGGACAACUUCGAGUGGAGCUUUGGCUAUAGCUUGAGGUUUGGCAUCUACGAGAUUCAUGUAGACGAUCCAGAGAGGAAGAGAUUCCCGAAGAAAUCUGCCUUAGUUUACAAAGAAAUAAUCAGGAGCAGAAUUAUCGACUAUGAUUUCGACGUCGAUCCAUAUGAAUCGAAGGCAGCGUUCGGGAAAAGUGCAACCGUCCUUAUGAUUUUAAUGCUCGCAACACUAAACUUUGUA